AAUAAGAAAGUGAAAGCUCAGGAAAUCCUGAGAAACCCUCUUCCCUUUUUUGGAAGGGGCUACUUGGCGGGGCACGGGAAAACCCCAGAUCCCCCCAAAUCAUUUGAGGAGCUGGGCGGCGAAGAGGGAGAAGCGGCCGGGCCUGGUCCACAGCGCCCUGGGGUAGGAGAACCAUGGAGAAGUUUCGGGAGGUGUUGGACCUGCACCUCAAACACCGCAGCGCUCUGGGCUACGGCCUGGUGAGCCUGCUGACGGCGGGCGGGGAGCGCAUCUUCUCCACCGCGGUGUUCCGAUGCCCGUGCAGCGCCGCCUGGAACCUGCCCUACGGCCUGGUCUUCCUGCUGGUGCCGGCGCUGGCGCUCUUCCUGCUGGGCUACGUGCUGAGCGCGCGCACCUGGCGCCUGCUGACCGGCUGCUGCGCGCGGGGCCGCGGCGCGGGGCUGCGCGGGGCCCUGGUCUUCGCGCAGAUCAGCGCCACGGCCGCGGUGGCGCCGCUCACCUGGGUGGCCGUGGCGCUGCUCGGGGGCGCCUUCUACGAGUGCGCCGCCAGCGGGAGCGAGGUCCUGGCGCGGCACCUGUGCCAGGGCCGCGACCCGCGCUGCGCCGCCCAGCUGCCGCUGGUGCCCUGCCAGCAGGCCCAGGCGCCCGACGUGAAGGAGCUGCAGAAGGAGCUGCAGAAGGAGCUCACGGCCCACUCGCAGGUGUUAGGCUGGGUCCUGAUAGCAGUUGUUAUCAUCCUCCUCCUGAUUUUUACAUCAAUCAGUCGGUGCCUGUCUCCAGUUAGUUACCUGCAUCUGAAAUUUUGGAAAAUCUACUUGCAACAGGAGCAGCAGAUUCUUAAAAGUCAAGCCACAGAACAUGCAACGCAACUGGCAAAAGAAAAUGUCAAAUGUUUCUUUGAGUGCUCACAGCCACAGGAAUACAACACUCCGAGCAUUAAAGCCUGGCAGCAGAUUUCAUCACUAUAUACUUUCAAUACAAAGGAGCAGUACUACAGCACUUUGCACAAGUAUGUGAACAAAAAACAGAAGAAUCAAUGUAGCACGUCUUCUGAAGAAGAUGCAAUGGUUCCUGUUCUUGGUUUUGUAGAUUCAUCUGAUAUGAACAGCACUGCAGACUUAUGACCUUGUUAAUGAAUGGGAAAAGAAAGCUCUUCUGAAUUAUUGAUUGCUUUAAAAAAAAUAAAUCUGGGUAUUGUUUAUGACUCCUCUGUUUGAUCUUCCAAGUUAUGGAAACAUAGAAUAUUAAAUAAAA